AUGUACAUUACAGGGGAGAACUCUGCUAUUAAGUGUCGGUAUAAUAUGAUCCUGAAGAUUUUGUUGCUGGUCGGGGCUGCUGUUGGCGCUGAGUGCAGCGGAGUAGCAGAUGAUGACACCACAAAGAAAUUGCUUCUCGAAGGUGAUUCGGCACUGCGGCAGGGGCGCAGUUAUUACCAGGAGGCGCUAGCGAAGUACACAGAGGCGUUAACGCACAACCCCAACAGCAUUCGUGGACUUUACAGUCGUGCAGAGCUGUUGUCUAUGCUCCGACGGCGUGAUGCAUGUAUGAGUGAUUUGGACCAACUCCUGAAGCUGGACAGUAAACACCAACGCGGUUUGGUGCUGCGAUCAGCGCUGUACUCGCAGGCGGGGCAGUUGAAAGAAGCCGUGCGGGACGUCGAGAAACUCGUUGAAGUGAUGAGCGAGGGGGGCAAGGCUGCUAAGGUGCAGGAAUACAAGGCGAAGUUGCAACAACUUCGGCGGUAUGCGGAGGUGUGGAUACCGCUUCAGCUCAAACUCCAAGCAGCGAAACAGGGUGCAGUGACGCUAUCACGCGAUGAACAGUGCGCAUGCGUGGGCUUUCUGCACGACAUGAUACGUGAGUUUGCGAAGGAUAACGCGGGGUUGCGCCUGCAGCGUGCAGAAUGUGCUUUGGCCUGUGGGGACAACCAGGCUGCUAGCGAGGAACUAAAGUAUGUAGUACAAAGGGAGCCGCAGAACCUUGACGCAGUGGCACUGGGUGCCCGUGCGCUUCGUGCAUUAGGGGCGCUUGAACAGGCUCGCCGGGAGCUUCGUCGCUGUUUGUCGCUUGAUCCUGAAUUUGCUCUCUGUGCUCAGCUGCACAAGCUGGUCCGCGAGCAAAUCCGCGUAACCCAAGGUGUGGAGAAGGCUCUAGAAGAAAAGGAUUAUGGAAAGGUUUUGAAGUUGAUUGAGGGGGCCAUGCGGUUUGAGGAAAACCCACCGUAUAAGGAUCAACUAUUGCGUUGGCGGUGUGAUGCAGCUGUGGGUAUGCAAGACACAAAAGAUGGGCUUCCUGCUUGCGACGAGGCUAUUCAACUUUAUAGCCCCGAGGACCCAACUGUUGUAAGCAUUUUACUGCAAAAGUUGGAGCUUUAUCUGAUGGAUGGGAAUGUGGAGCGUGCGGAGGAAAUGCUUCAACGAGCUCAGCAACUACAACCAAACGAUGGCAAGGUGAACGAGUACAAGCGCAAAAUGGAAAGGAUCAAACGUGUGGGACUGCGAAAAAAUUAUUACAAGAUAUUGGGUGUGAAAAAGACGGCGGACUCGUCGGAGAUUCGCCGUGCUUACCGCCAUCUAGCAAAAACAUUUCACCCAGAUAAAUUAGCUUCGCAAGAGCUUUCCAAGGAGGAGCGAGCUGAAGCAGAUAAGCGCUUUCGGGACAUCAAUGAAGCCAAGGAAAUAUUGCUCGACGAUGAAAAGCGCGCCCGUUACGACAAUGGGGAGGAUCCUACGAAACCUCCUGGUCAGGAUGAGCAUGCAUUCCACGGCCAACCGUUCAAUUUCCCCAACGAAAUGUUUGGACAAGGUGGAAGGUUUCAGCAGUUUUAUUUUCACUUCGACUAA